AUGCUGCCCACCUCAGAUUCCCUAAAAAGGGAGCGGAAAAAGGCAUCUGUUCCUCCUCCAUACUGGGAUGAAGUCAGGCGUGCUGUUUUGAUUGAUAGAAAGGGUAAGAUUAAUCUAAAGGUUAUGAUUGCGCACUUUCUUUGUCAGGGACGCCUUGGAAAACAUGAUGCUUUGAGCAUAAUUCAAAAUGCAUCUGGGAUUUUGCGCGCGGAGCCAAAUGUGCUAACUAUUGAUGAUGACUUAAUCACGGUGGUGGGCGAUAUUCGCGGGCAGUUCUAUGACCUAGCGAAAAUCCUUCGAAUAGGUGGCAUGUUUGAUGACUCGAAAAAGUAUCUCUUCCUUGGCAACUACACUGAUCGUAGUUUUUUUAGUUGUGAGUGUAUAUUGGUUUUACUUGCAGCAAAGCUUAAUUUCCCUAAGUCUGUCUUUUUGCUUCGUGGAAAUCAUGAAUCUCGUUUGAUGACAGAUUUUUUUGGUUUUCAAGAGGAGUGCAUAAGGAAAUAUAAUGAAGAGGUUUACCAGUCAAUCAUGGAGGCGUUUGACUGUUUGCCGUUAGCAGCCUUAGUGAACAAACGUUUUUUUUGUGUUCAUGGUGGUCUUUCACCGGAUGUGAUGCGAGUAAGUCACAUUGAACGUAUUCACCGCUUUAGAGAACCUCCUUCAAGAGGUGCUAUGUGCGACUUGUUGUGGUCAGAUCCCCUUUGGGAUGUUGAAAACCCAUCAUCGGUUAAAGGAGGAUCAAAGGACGAUUAUUACACCCCUAGCACUGGUCCAUCUUAUGGGUCUAAACCUUGUUUCCUUGUUAAUGAACAAAGAGGAUGUAGUUAUUUGUUUAAUUUUUCUAGUUUAAAACAUUUUCUUAUGACAGGCCGACUUCUUUGUGUCAUUCGAAGUCAUGAAUUGCAAGAUGAGGGCUACAAGCUUUAUCGAUUGAAUAGUUCUUCCAACUUUCCGUGCAUGAUGUCAGUAUUCUCAGCUCCUAAUUAUUGCGAUGCGCUUGAUAACAAAGGGGCUGUGCUUCGUAUUGAAGAGGAAAAUGUGGAGGUAACACAGUUUUUUUCUUCACCUCAUCCGUAUGUUCUUCCAAACCAUAUUAACGGAUUUGAUUGGUCCUUUCCUUUUCUGACAGAAUGUAUCCACGAUGUAUUUGUUUCACUCCUAAAUAAGGGUUAUAAAAAGCUCUAA